AUGUCUUCACGCACUCCGGCAACAUUCAAUCCAAACAGCCCGAUCAAACCGGAACAUUAUAUGAACCAACUCAUCAGAAUCGUUCAAGGAAUGGCUCCAUCUGCCACUCAGAAACAAUGGAAGCGUUUCGGUAUCACUGCCAGAAACAUCGAGUUGAGCCACAACUUCCACGUCAGUAAAGCCGUCAUCGCUGCUCAGUCUACUGCUGAUCUGAUUGAAGAGGCAACUAAUCGCUACAUGGAGCUGCGUCUCCAGAAAUCUCAAAAAGAUCUCAAAAGUCUUCUGGAUCAAGUGGAGAAGAAGAAAGUGGAGAUUGCCAAUAUCCAAACGGAAAUCAACACUCACGGAUCCUCUUUAUUCUAG